AUGGAGUUUCUUUAUCUGCUGCUGAUACUGCUGGCAGCUUUUAUUGCUUCGUUUAUAGUAGCAAUUGCAGGAGCCAUUCAAACUAAGUACUUCAAUUUCAGUAUCCCUCCUGGAGUGAAUCAACCUGGAAAACUUCGAAUUCUCUUUGCUUUUAUGAGAAGUGCAUCUGCUCUGGGCAAGCUUUUGGAAAAGAUGGGGGUGUGCAGCCAGAUCACCUUCACCCGCUACCUGUACGUCGGGAUGAAGCUGGGGCCGGACCCGCAGCUCUGGCAGGAGGACGAGCGGUUCGGCGGGGUCCCGGUGAGGGUCUACCGGCCCCGGGUGCCUCCUACCGGCCCGCGGCCAGGCGCCAUCUUCUUCCACGGCGGCGGCUGGCUGUACUGCAGCAUCGAUUCCCAUGAGACGAUAUGCCGGUACAUUGCCAAAGGAGGCGAGCUGGUGGUUGUCUCUGUUGGGUAUCGUUUAGCUCCUGAACACAAGUACCCUGCUGCCUAUGAAGACUGCCUUAAUGCCACCAUACACUUCAUGAAGAACGCAGAGCACUAUGGUGUGGAUCCUGCUAAUGUAAUUGUCUGUGGGGACAGUGCUGGGGGCAAUCUAGCAGCGGCUGUCAGCCAGACCCUGGCAGGCAGAUCAGACCUCCCCAAACUAUGUGCUCAGAUCUUGAUCUACCCAGGCCUUCAGGCAGUGGACUUUGAUUUGCCAUCCUAUCAGCAGAAUCGAGGAGUCCCUCCCUUGCUCCGAGAGCAUAGUGCUUUCUUUGCUUUGCAGUACCUAAAUGGGGAUGUAUCAAAUAUGCAGGAGGUCUUGGAGGGCUCUCAUAUUCCUCCAGAUAUGAGGCUGAAGUAUAGGGAGUGGGUGAAUCCAGAUAACAUCCCUGAGAAAUUUAAGGUCAGAGGCUACAAGCCACACGAACCUGGUGAAUUCAAGCCUGAAGUUUAUGAGAAUGUUAAAAGGUUCUGUGAGCCCAGCCUGUGCCCACUGAUGGCUGAAGAUGCUUGUAUUCAGCAGCUGCCCGAGUCUUUUGUCUUGACCUGUGAGUACGAUGUGCUGAGGGAUGAUGGCUUGCUUUACAAGAAGAGACUGGAGGACAAUGGUGUCCGUGUGACCUGGUACCACCUUGAAGAUGGAUUCCAUGGAAUUUUAAGCCUAUAUGAUAAUAAUGGUUUCUCAUUUCCAUCUGGGAAGAAGGGGUUCGACAGACUUCUUGAAUUCAUAAAAGGCCUGUAA